CCUAAAUGAAAAGAUGCUUUCUGAUGAAGAAUGGAUAGGCUUGAAAGAGUUAUGUCAACUUUUGCGUCCAUUUGCAAGAGCACUAACAUUUGUAGGAGGAGAUCAGUAUCCAACAUUGAGUAUGAUGUAUCCAACAGUGCGACACCUUUUUAAAAAUUUAAAUGAAAUGGAGAAUAAACUUACAAAUAUUGAUGUGAUUGAAGUGUAUGAAAGUCUUCGAGAAUCAAUGGUAUCUCGAUGGAGUGAUUCAGAAAUGAUAGGAUGGCUUGCUUCAUUUUUGGAUCCCCGUUUCAAGACAUUGUCAGCCGCCUUAUCCACAAUGCAACAAGAGGUGCUCCAAGAGUUACGUGAAAAUAUUGAAAUUUCUUACCAUACGAAUAACUUACCAACUACUAAUAGUGCUCCAGAUACAGAAAU